CCCCUCGCCACCCCGACUCUUGCCCCCACCUCCCGCCUCGCCGCUGUCGCCAACCUCGCCGGAACCCUACCUUAGGCGCCAGCUUCACGACGAUCUCCGGUGCGACGAUCGGCACCUGUUACUCUCCGCGUCGGGCAACCGCGGGACCGUACGCGCCGCCGUUCCCUCCGCCGGAGACCAUGUCGGGAGGCGGCCGCCCCGUGGCAGCGCAGCAGAUAGUGCAGUCGUUGCAACGGAACGGAUCGCCAGCACCAGCAUGGCCACCCUUCGCAGCUGCGCUCGGCGACUACCGCCGGUUCCCCCAGCCGUUGUCACCUGCCGCGGCGGCGGCCGCGCCCCGGGCUGACGGUUGCGGCGAGAUCGAGGAGGGGAUCGCCAUCAGGACACCGCUAAAAAGAAAAGCUCCAUAUGGAGAAAGUGAUACUGCUGAGUCAACUGGAUGGAUGAUGACCAGUCCUGGGUUCACCGAAGGAGUUGGCUGUCCACUUAUGACCCCAGUUUCUGGAAAAGCUGCAAGGACAUACAAGUCAAAGGCUAAAUGCAGCAAAGCUGGACCUCAGACACCUAUAUCAAAUGCUGGUUCUCCUGGCAAUCCACCUACACCGGCUGGUUCUUGCCGCUAUGACAGUUCAUUAGCACUAUUGACCAAAAAGUUCAUCAAUCUGCUCAAGCAGGCUCAAGGUGGCAUUCUAGAUUUGAAUAACGCUGCAGAGACUUUAGAUGUUCAAAAACGGCGCAUGUAUGACAUUACAAAUGUCCUCGAAGGAAUUGGGUUGAUAGAAAAGAAGCUUAAGAACAGAAUCCGUUGGAAGGGUUUGGAUGACUCAGGAACUAACUUGUAUAAUGAUAUCUCAGUUCUGGAGAAAGAAGUUGAAAAUCUUAGUCUCCAGGAGCAAGUAUUAGAUGAACAUAUAAGUGCCAUGCGUGAAAAGCUAAAGGAGUUUACUGAAGACGAAAGCAAUCAGAUGUGGCUAUAUCUAACCGAAGAUGACAUCAAGGGAUUGCCCUGCUUUCAGAACCAAACACUAAUUGCAAUAAAAGCACCUCAUGGUACUUCUGUGGAAGUACCCAAUCCUGAUGUGAAGACUGGUGAUUAUUUUCAAAGGAGAUAUAGAAUAGUAAUACGGAGUACAAUGGCCCCUAUUGAUAUUUACUUGGUUAGUAAAUUUGAGGAGAAAAUGGAGGGAAAGCUGGGUGGUGUUGCAACACCGUCAAGAAACACAAAUGUGGCAAAACAUUCCGCCAUAGAAGCCUCCAGAACAAUAGAAACUGGACAAAGGAGCAGAUCGAAGGAGGUGUUGCUUAAUGCUCAGCAUAUCCAGAAAACUCCAGAUCUAAGUGCUUCAUAUGAUUUUGAAGGAGCGAUGAUGAAGAUUAAUCCUUCAGAUGUUGAUAGUGAUGGGGACUACUGGCUUCUUACAGAUGGUGACGUCAGCAUUACUGAUAUGUGGAGAUCAGUGCCAGAAGUGCAGUGGGAUCCGAUAGACCCCAAUGAUUUUUCAGCCGAAGAGGUAAGCACCACACGCGCAAUCAACCAGGAGCCAGCUGCAGUGGGGGAACCUACAGCUGUGGGCUCUAACUAGGGAUAGCCAAUUAUUUUAUACAGUGCAUUCUCGACAAACUAUAAUGUGGGCCAUAAAUUCAAGCUUAGUCGAGGAUAUUUUGGAACAAAGUGAGUUCGUUUUCUGGAUGGCAAAUGUUCUUCGUGGGACUCCUUGGAGGCUGGUGGUUUCUAUCACAUUCCACGUACUUUCUCAGGGUGGAAGGCAGUCAGGCAGCGGUCAAGAUGCACAUACUGAGAUAGAACUUUGUUGUGAGCUGGCGGCGUAUGUAUUUGGUAACUUCCCAUCGUAUCAGUAGUGUGGUUGUAGCCUUGUAGGACAAUGUUCCAAUCAGGCGGCUCUGCUUAUUCAGGUGCCUUUUUCCAAC